AUGUACCUGAUCACUGUUUUUGGAAACCUGUUCAUCAUCCUGGCUGUCAGCUCAGAUUCUCACCUCCACACCCCCAUGUACUUCUUCCUCUCCAAUCUGUCCUUUGUGGACAUCUGUAUCACCUCUACCACUGUCCCCAAGAUGCUGCACAACAUUCACACUCAGAGCAAAACCAUGACCUAUGAGGGCUGCAUUACUCAGAUGUGUUUCUUCCACAUCUUUGCUGGAUUGGAUGAUUUUCUCCUGACUGUGAUGGCCUAUGACCGCUUUGUGGCCAUCUGCCACCCCCUGCACUACACAGUCAUUAUGAACCCACAGCUCUGUGGACUGCUGGUUCUGACAUGCUGGCUCUCUGUGGUGUCCUUAUUUUAUUGUUCAGCCAUAGGUGUGUACCUGAGCUCUGCUGGUACCCACAGCUCACACUCCACUGCAAGAGCCUCGGUGAUGUAUGCUGUGGUCACUCCCAUGCUGAAUCCAUUCCUCUAUAGUCUGAGGAACAAAGACAUAAAAGAGGCUCUAAGUGUUCUCCUAGGCAAAGAAAAAAGAACACAUCACUUUUCUUGA